AAUUACUCCCUGUCCGUUUACCUGGUGAAGCAGCUGACCUCGGUGACCUUGCUGCAGAAACUGAGAGCCAAGGGCAUCCGGAACCCCGACCACUCCCGAGCCCUGAGCAUGGGCUCACAAGUGUGCGGAAAGGUGAUAUGGCUCACCUCUUGCAAGGUGGCGAGCAUUCUUCAACCUCCCUCGAGAGACGCUGCCUUGCCGGUGGGGACCCUGCUGAAGGAAGAAGCUUCACGCCUCGGUUCCUCUCCGGUGCUGCUGUUCAUGGAGAUCCUCAACUCUGUUACGGACUGCGAUGAGAUCCAGUUCAUGGAAGACGGUUCCUGGUGCCCCAUGAAGCCCAAGAAGGAGAACCAGGAAGUUUGCCAGCCAUCCGCUUACAAUGGACUGGAAGCCUCCCUGUACACAGUAAGUUCAGAGGGAAAGCCACUGGCCGAAAACAAGAAGAAGGUGGAGGUGAUUGACUUGACCCUGGACAGCUCUUCGGACGACGAGGAACUCCUGGCCAAGAAAGUGUGUUCUGUCGCCAUUGCAGCCAUCCCGCCAGCAGCCGGACCAAAAUGGGUUUUGAACGCAGACCACCAGACCUCCUCGGUGCUGCGGAGCCCCUCAAUGGCUGCGAUGGGCAGUGAAUUCCUCUCCAGCCUCCCCCUGUCAGAGUACCACCCUUCUUACCCGGUCCCUUCAGACAUUCAAGGUCUGGAUUUGUUUUCCUUUCUUCAAAGUGAAAAUCAGCACUACGGGCCCUCCGUGAUCACCUCCUCGGACGAGCAGGAGUCCCUGAGCCAUUUUUUCCAGUAUCGGGGGCCCUCCCCGCAUUUCAUGAGCCCCCUGUCUCCGAUUGUGGUGGGAUCCCACAAUGGGGUCGGCUCCCCCACCGGCAGCCGCAUGAACAGCGUGGUCUCUUCGCCCACGGCCAGCUUGCGGGAGAGUCACGGGGCCAUGGGGAGCAGCCCGGCUCUGCCAGGGUGUCGGCCGGACAUCAUCUCUCUGGACUAA